AUGCCGUCCUCCCGCAGCUCGUCGGCGGAGGACGAAAACACGCCGCGCACGAAGCUCCUCGUCGGGGGUAUCUCGGCUUUCUUGCUCCUCGCCAUGAUUGUCGGGACGACGGCGUUCGUCCUGUCGGAGAAGGUGGAGGAUGAGGGGGACAAGGAGAAGCGCGCCAUGGCCUCCACGAUGCGCACCGUGGACCUUUUUUGCACGCCGACGGACUACCAGGCCACGUGCAAGGAGACGCUGACCAAGACGCUGGAGCGUUCGUCCAAUCCGGCCGACCACCCGCACGCCGCCGCCGCCGCGGCGAUCACCGCGGUCGGGCAUGAGCUGGUGAGCGCCUUCAACCGGUCGUCGCUGCUGGAGGCAGUGCGCGAGAGCAACGACACGCUGGUCCAGGAGGCCCUGCGCGACUGCAAAAUGCUCCUGGACGACUGCGCCGCGGACAUUGAGCGCGCGCUCAACAGCGUCGCGUACCGCGGCGUGGACGGGCCGGCGCAGGACCUCCAGGCCUGGCUGAGCGCGGUGAUCACGUUCCAGGGCUCCUGCGUCGACAUGUUCCCAAAGGGCGACAUCAAAGUCCAGAUGAAGGAGACCAUGGAGAGGGCGCGAGAGAUCUCCAGCAACGCCAUCGCCAUCAUUCAGCAGGGCGCUGCCCUCGCCGCCAUGCUCGAGAUCGACGCCGGCGCGAGCGUCAGCCUCCCGAACGAGGCGGAGGACGACGACGGCGACGACAAUAACAAUGACAAGGACAACGCCCAGAAACAGGAAAGCGAUGGAGGCGAGCGCAUGCUCCAGGAAGAGUCCGCAUCAUCCGAGAUCCCCUCGUGGGUGCCCCACGAGGACCGUAAGCUUCUCGACGAGGCGGAAGAAGAACGCAAUGGCGGGCUCACGCCGAACGUGACGGUGGCCAAGGAUGGCACAGGCGACUUCAAGAACAUCUCGGCCGCCUUGGACGCGAUGCCGCGGAAUUACAGCGGGAGGUACGUGAUUUACAUCAAGGAAGCGGUGGACGGCGAUAGGUUCAUGGCGGUGAAGUUGGGGAUCCAGAACACGGCAGGGGACGAGAAGCAGCAGGCGCUGGCGCUGCGCGUCAAGGGCGACCGGGCCAUCUUCUUCAACUGCCGGGUCGACGGCCACCAGGACACGCUCUUCGCGCAGGCCUACCGCCAGUACUACCGGAGCUGCAUCAUCUCCGGCACCGUCGACUUCGUCUUCGGCGACGCCGCGGCCGUCUUCCAGCGCUGCGUGAUGCUCGUCAGGGACCCGCUCCCGGGGAAGCCCGGCGUGGUGACCGCGCACGGACGCCGCGACCGGCAGCAGACCACCGGCUUCGUCCUGCACCGAACCCGCAUCGUGGCCGAUGACAGCCUCGCCAGCAAGUCGGCGACGGUGAAGACCUUCCUCGGGCGGCCGUGGAAGGAGUACUCGAGGGUGAUCGUGAUAGAGUCCAUCAUCGACGGCUUCGUGCACCAGCAGGGUUACAUGCCGUGGGAGGGCAAGAACAAUCUGGGCACGGCCUUCUACGGCGAGUUCGGCAACGUUGGCAACGGCUCCAACAUCACCGCGCGGGAGGAGAUGAAGGGCUUCCACGUGCUCAACAAGGAAAAGGCAAAGCAGUUCACGGUGGAGCACUUUUUGAACGGCGGCGAGUGGAUACCGGAGACUGGGACGCCGGUGAGGCUAGGGUUAUUCACAUGAUACGUACGGAUGGAUCAUGGAUUCUUGUUUGCGUGCGUAGACGGUGUGUACCAGCA